CGUUACCGGGGCGCCGUCGGGAGAGCGUUAUGCGGGUGCUGUCGCUCAGCCGGUGGCUCCGCGGUGCUGUCCGGGCCCGAUCGGGCGGACCGGGGAGGGCCCGCCCCGCUUCGGGCUCCCCGCAGGUGACCGUGGACGUGCUGGAUCACUUGGAACACUUGGCCUUGGUGGAUUUCCGUGACUCCGAGGGUGUGGAGCGGCUGCAGAAGGCGAUCCAGUUUGCUGAUCAGCUUCAUGAGGUGAACACGGAUGGCGUAGAACCAAUGGAUUCAGUGCUGGAGGACAGGUGUCUGUAUCUCAGAGAAGAUGAUGUUACAGAGGGCAACUGCACAAAAGAGCUGCUGAAAAAUGCCAGAGAAAAAGUAGAGGAAUAUUUUGUAGCCCCACCAGGUAACAUCCCUUUGCCAAAGCUGGAAGAACGAGAGACUUAUCUGCAGAGCUUUUAGCCCAGAGCCCAAAUGGUGUUCCAGUGUUUUAUUUGGGAAAACUAAGUUUUGUCACAGCCAAAAUACUCUGGUGUGUAUUCUGAUCAAAAGAAGAGCGCUUGCAAGAUGAUUUACAGUAGAAGGUGGACCAAGUUUAAUACUGCUGCUGUAAUAUUCAGUGUUUAUGAAGCCAGAAGGCAGCGUGACAGAUGAUCUCAGUACUUUUAUUUAGCAAAGUGAACUGGAUGUUGCUCUUUAAGAUAAUGACUUAAAGGCUUUAAAAAGAACAUUAAAAGGUAAUUAUUAAAAACCCUCAGAACACUAUUUUUCCUCAACAAAUCUGUUGGGAAAUGAGAGAUUGGAGAGCUCUUUUGCCUAUUUCUCACCUUUAGCUUGACUCUGGCUCUGACCCUGUCAGAAGUAACAGAGCUCCCAGGUAUCUGAGGGGCCUGGAGGAGGAGUCUGUACCAUUGCUGCAUCUCUGACAUAGAGAGCUCAGAUUUUCAUUAAGGAAGAAAAGGCACUUUAAGAAGAUGAUUCUCUCAAAUAUUUUGCUUCUACCAAGUAUUACAUAGGACAGUCUCAGUUGGAAGAAACCUUAAAGCUCAUCCAGUUCCUACCUGCUUCCACAGGCACCUUCUGCUAGACCAGGCUGCUCAAAGCCCUGUCCAACCUGUCCUGCAGUACUGCCAGGGAUGGGGCAUUUUGUAUUUUUAUUCUCAUAAAUCCAGUGCCUGUAGUUGUACAUAGUUGGAGAAAGCACUUUUCAGACACAGAACUGGCUGUUCUAAAAGAAAAAGUCUUUGCCACAACCAUUUUUGUCCUUCAGAUGUGUAUCUGGCAAUAUUUUCUGGAUUAACCCAUUUUUCCAUUUCAAACAAAGCACUGCAGUUAUUUGUGUUGUUUAAAACCCCUUGUGUGGCUAGGCUUGUUGUAAAUAAAUAAUGUAAUUACUUGUGAA